AUUCCAAUGUCUCCCUCAUGCAAAGAUCUUUUGUGAACAGCAGACCACAGUAUCACACUCUGCAGUUUCUCAACGUUCAUUCUCUUUUAUCAGAGCUCUCUUUUAUUGAUUCUUUUGUUUCAAUGCCAAAGGCUGUACAAGAUGUCGACCACCCCAGACUAUGAAGAAUUGUUUUCUGAGCGUAAUGAAAAUCAAACUGAGAAAGAGCCUUACCAAUAUCAGAUCAGGAUGAUGUACCUUGUUACAUACGGAAUCGUCCUUGUCCUGGGUCUGUCCCUCAACUUCAUCCUUGUGUUCGUUGGAUGGCAGAGGUACAAGAGUUACAAGAAAAUUGCCAUUUGGGUUUUGGCUUUGGCUGCAACACACUUAAUAUUCUGUGGAGCUUUAGUGUUUCAAUUGCUCUAUGCUUAUUAUGACUUCGAAUGGUACUAUGGAACUGUGACUUGCAAGCUGUCGUCCUACAUCACCUACGGUAGCAUGUAUUCCACAGCGACCAUCCUGAGUCUUUGGAGCUUUAACUCUGCUUUUUCCAAAAGUGCAUGCAUAAAAAGGUCCAAGAACUGCAACAUUUUUCUGAUUUUAUUCUCUUGGACUUUAGCGGCUGUCCUUGCGAUGCCAUCGCUGUUUUCCAGAGAGAUUCAGCUGGUUCGGUGUGUUGACGAUUAUGACUUUUAUUUUAAAACAUCUCCAGGUGCCAUUAAAAAGCUGAAGGCUGUCGUUGUGUCGCGACUUCUGUUCGGGCUUGUCAUACCUGCUUUUGUAAUGUUUGUCAGUUGCUGUGUGGCGACCAAAUCCUUUCACAAUACAUGUGUACCAUGUAAGAAGCAGACACAGAUUAUUUGUGCUGUCAAGGUCGUAUACUUUGUGUGCUGGGGCCCGCAAAUUUUUUUAACCCUGCUUCAAGCUACGACAAAUAAUCUAUACCCGAAUGCAUUUAAAUAUGGACUUCCUACAGCAACGGCACUUGCUACAACACACUGCUUCACGUGUCCUCUCAUCUACAUUUUAGGAGAAUGUAGUGUUAAAAUGCACUGGAUGACGCAUGACCCUGAUGGUAUUGAAAAUACAGCAGAUCAUAGACUCCAUUUGUUAAAUAAGAGCAGUGCAUAAAUACACUGUGGGUGGUUGACAAUUAUAAAACGGUCAGUUCUGGUCCUUGAUGCUGAUUGGCUGUGUCGAGUUCUAAGCCGUUAUGAAUACCCCUAUUUGUAACAGCUAACUCCAUUACAUAGCCUAAAUAUCACUUUGUUUACAUUAUUUUAUGAAACCUUGCUACGUAUAUGGAAUAACAGUUUUAUAAAAGCAAUACACUCCACAAAGCAUUGUGUUACAGUAAAUUUUAUAAAAGCAAAGGGCGUCCAUAUUUAAAUGCUUUCGGGCAAAUAUGGUUUAUCCUGUCCUUUGUACACGUGUCCUAUGGUGUGACAUAAAAAAUAUUCAUAUAAUUUAAAAUAUUAUAGUGUGUUUUCAAAUGUUUUGUUGUCACACCAUAGGAUAGGUAUAUUUUUCAACUAUCCUUGUAAAUAGUUGUAGUAGCUCAAAAAACACGUUAUAUGACCUUAAAUAUAUUAUGCAUAUUUUUCAAUGCUUGAAACACUCAUAUACAAUCAGGUGAAACACACCUGGCUCCUUUGACAAAAUGGAAGUUACUUUGAAAAAAUGUAAAUAUAUAUAUGUAAUCUGUGUAUGUUGUUCUUAUUUUAUAUUAAACAUCAAUAUUUAUCCAUUAUAGACAAAAAAUAUUUUCUACCUGAGUUGCAUUACACAGUUCAGUGAAUUAAAAUAUUUUUUACCUUUUUUAUUUUGAUGACUUUCAAUGUGUGUGUAAUUUUAGGUCUGUGUAUGAUGAUGUGCAUAUUCUUUUAUUCAAUUUAUUUUCAAGAUAAUGAAUCUGAAAGGGUUCCCCUGUCUUGGAAAGAGAUCAAUCCAACUAUGACUUAUACAUUCCAAAGAUCCAAUGUUUAGAGUUCAGUUUAUGGAAGUAUUUCAAUGUCUUUGAAACAAAAGAAUGUUAGUUUACCACUAAUCAAAAAUAAAUCUGUUGCAUUACCA